AAUAUAAUAAGAAUGUUAAUAUAAUAUCCCUCAGGAUUUUUAACGAAUAUAAGAAACAACAAGAACUAUGACGGUUUUACUGAAAAAAUAUAAUAAAUGAGUUGGCAGCAUUUUUUCAUAAUACAUAUGUACACACAUAAUAUUCUGUUAACGCAUAAUGGAGAUACCAGAAAAUUUACAAAAAAUUAAAAUUGAACACCCUUCGUCACCAGAGAAAUCACCACAAAAUAACAUUAAGGAACGAUUGCAUUUACAUGUUAAAAGACGUUUAAAUGCAAACACAGAAGAAAUUGGUUUAGACACCAACACUAAUAAGCAAAAUGAAAAACAAAAGGAACCAAAAACAAAACGACCAUAUCAAAAACGAUCAGAAAAAGUAAACACAAAAACAUCAACAGAUGAAGAGGGAAGAAAAAAUAAGCGGCAUAAAAGCAAAAAUAGCGCAAUCGUAAGUGAAGAGACUGCAAAUGUUGGCGCUGGAGGAAUUUAUGAUGACGAUGAAAUAAAUGAUGCAGAUUCAAAAACAACGGGACGUGACAAGGAUAAAUAUCCUGAUGUGCUUAACAUGGUGCUAAGUGUUAAGAAGCGAGCUUUGAUGCAAAAUACUGAAGUUAAAGAAUUUUUCAUAAAAUUAAUGAAUGAAAUAAAA